ACUACAACAUAGGCUUAUCGACAGUUAACGCUUGCGAACUUGAUAAAAUACGUUAGGUGUUGAGUUUCAUUUCACAGUGCUCGUGAACAACUACAUAGGCUUAUCGACAGUUAACGGUUAAUUAAGGCUUAAGUAACAUCAUGGAGUUUAACAAAUUGAUUAAUAUGUUGUUGUGUGUCAUCCUCUAUAUCAGUCAGCAAUUAGGAAGCGUCAGUAGUAUUUAUCUAGUGUCCGGACCAGAUGAUGCUCGUGUCGCACUCGGCAAGGAAGUCAUCUUCACAUGUGAUGUAGCUGAUAAGUAUCCAUAUUCUAUACGUUGGUGGUACGUUGGGAGUGCCCAACAGCUAUACAUUAGCACAGAUGAUCAGAUUCUAGAUCAAUGGCCGGUAAACUCUGAAAGUAUAUACACUAUUGUUCCUGGCUCAAAUAAUUUGAAUAUUUCAAACGUUCAGUUAACGGAUGCUGGUAAAUAUGAGUGUAUUUUUGGUGAUGGUGUAUAUCAUUACUAUUUUCAUCCAACUCGCGCUGAAGCCACGUUAACUGUUCUCCAGCCACCAUCAGUAAACUCGCCUCUAUGUUCGUUAUAUAGACUAGAAGCAAUUGAAGUUCCGUCGAAUACACAAUUCUAUGUCGGUGAGUCGGUCAGGUUCCAAUGCUCUUCCGAAGGACAUGGAAAUACAAUACCAAUUCUUAAUAUCACAAAAUCUAAUGUUGAUGUUAUUGAAUAUGUAUUUGUGGACGGCUCUGGUCAGAAAAAGGUGAAUACAGACGAGUUUGUAAUUGAAAGUAUCGACACUGAAUUCAAAUGCUAUCUUCAGAGCGAAGCCCUAACCCAGCCCAAAGUUUGUGAAAUCAAACUAAAUGUGCUAUUACCUUUGGUUGAGAUUGAGCCAAGAUCAGCAUCUGUCCUAGAAUCCUCUAAUGUUUCUUUUCAGUGCUCUGGGAGUAGAUUUAAGACAGAUCGUCUCCAAUAUAGUUGGAAGAUCUCACCAGAUGCUCCUGGAAAAGUUGUUAAUUUUACAUCUUCAGUUUUGGAAAUCACAAACAUUGGGGAAAAUAUGACAUUUUUUGACAUUGUGUUCAUCGUAACCUGUUUCGUCAGGGAUAAUCAAAUGGUUUUGAAUUCAUCCAACAGUUUUUCUAUAUCACCGAAAAAACGUAUGUUCACUAACAACAUAAACAAUAAUAAAAACGAAUCUGGAACCUCGUUAAUUGGUUUGGUUGUAGCAAUUGCUCUAAUCACUGUAGUUGUCGCAAUAAUAUUGGCUGGGGUUUUUCGUAUGCGUCACCGAAAACUAAGUGAGAAAAAACCAUACGGAAGACAUUUAAAUACUGGAGCUCUAAAUAAUGAGCAACUAUACUCUGUUGUACAAAACAAAAACAUAAAUGCUCAUGGUCGUGUAGAAAACAUAGGCCAAAAUAGGCCUACAUCUGGAUGCAGAACUGAAAUAAAAGUAAUUCAUAGUUUAAAUAUAACGGUUGGUCAUAAUGAAUCUGCUGUUUACUAUUCAACAGUACCGGCUGAAAAUAACCAAGAAUCUGACAAUAAUUAUGAUAACAUUGGUCAUAGUAAAGAAAGUUUUAAAAAUGAACCGCUUUACGAGAACAAGGGUUUCACGCCAGAUAUUACAGAACUUAAUGCAGAGGGCCUCAACUACGCAGAUUUAGACCUUGAAAUGGUAUCAUCGCAUGAUAUAAUCGACACAGGACCUAGAACUACAUACUCUACUGUUACGAUUGAUGCUAAUUAAUAGAGCGAAUAUACGUAUUGUUACUUGCAUACGUAUGUCAAUCAUAAUUUGUCCUUCAAGUAUUAUGUUUUAUAUUUAUUUCACAAAACAAAACAGAUUAUAUAUAUAUAUAUAUAUAUUUAUUUAUAUUUAUAUAUAUAUAAACACAAUAAAUUUUAAAUAAAAAUAGAUUAUUAUGAAAACGGUACCCCACAGUAAGCAAGCUUUAAUUGUGGGGUCCUGAACAUAAAAAUGUGUCCAAUAAAUAAAUCUUGAUUCAAAGAGAUGACAAAUCAAAUUAGGGCCUAUAUAGUAUACCGUAAUAAAAAUAUAAUAUAGGCCUAUAUUAAUAUAAAAACUAUAACAGACUGAGCUUAAAAAAUAUAGUUUCAUUAGUAACUCAACUUAAUAUCUUUGCUAGGAGGUUAGACAAAAAAUUUCGCCUGUUGGGUAGAACCAGCAAUCACCUUCAUGAAAAACGGUUUGGAAAUCGGUGAGGUGCUUCUACCAGUCACCACUUAACUACGGCACCGAUAAUUGCAAGACCUCUUAUAGACCAAACCAUAGCUGUGAAGACAUUAAUUGGCGUUGAUGUGCAAGGCAGUUUAAUACAGUAAUAACAAUGAGCAACUUUAUGCCCAAUAUUUUUUCAGGUUAUAAGAUGUCAAUUCGAGCAUUUUGAAUAUCGUUGGAAAUACGACUUUUUGUCUAUGUGAAGUUUAUCAUGUAAACACACCACCUAUUAAUUUAGUGGCGAAUUCAAUGGGGGCUGUCAGCCCGGGCGCCCUAAAUUUUUCAAAAUAAAAAAAAAUUAGAAAAAAGAAAAUUCUACUCAAAUUUUUAGUGCGAGUCCCAUUUCUGGCCAUCUAUAGGUGCCAUAAAUAGACCCUCCAUCUGUGAAAGUCUGUCUGUGGGCCCCUUUAUUUCAAAUUCCUGGAUCCGCCAUUGAAUUACUUAACCUCCCGACAACUAAAGAAGGUCCACAUGCCUCAUACGACCGCCGGGAGAAUAAUCUAUCACCGCUCUCAAUGAACACUAAAAUCGGGCACUCACUGCGCUCCUAUGAAGAACCUCCUUCUACGAUCCUAUGAAGAACGCAACGUCACGACGCGCGCGCAACUGAUCGAUUUUAAUGACGUUCAUUUCAGACUGCCACUGACAAUUAGAAGACGUCGUCGCGUAUCAUAGCGCUCACAGGGAGUGGAGUUGGGUUCGUCGUAGGCCUACGAAGGUCGUUCGACUGUCGUACGACGCAUCCGGCUUUACACGAAGCGCUACAGUUUGAUCGGAUCGUCAUUAAAAACGAUCUGCUAAGAGCAUUGUGAAAAAUUAACCUGCCGUUUUAAAGACACAGGCACCGGAGAAAAAAAUGUUUUUGAGAUGUUGUGCAACUGAUUUUUCUAAGACACAAAGGGGUGUUUUGGCAAAAAACUAGGGAACUUUUAAUGAGAUUAUUAUUAUUUAAAAACUUUUUGUACCUUUCGCCCAGUUUCUAAAUAUUGAAAAAUUGCAUCCCAUUAAUUGUUCUUAAGUUUGUUUUUUUUUGGUCAAACAUACAUUUUGCAUCCUAGAAAAUCAGUAGUAGUACAACAUAUCAAUUUAAGAAAGUAGAGAAAUAUCGUCUGGAAGGGUACUCAGAAAUUGAUAAGUGAAUUUUUCCGUAGGACGAGAAUUGUUGUAUCUCAUCGUCUUACCGUUUAAUAAAUACUGUAACGAUAAAAAAAAAAUCGUCAAGUUCGCACUACCCUAGCACUGCAUGUAGUGGAAAAAUAUAUAGUCCUAGGAUAUAGCAUUUUAUCUUAUCUUUCUAUUUAAUUUAAUUCCAUUUUUAAAAUGUUAAAUAACCAUUCUUCGUAUUGAUCGUAGAUUUUUUUAAAACCAGCUAUAAUUGUAUUGUGAUUUUUUUUAUAUACUUUAUUUUAUUUUUUAUUGUAUUUAUGUAAUAUUACGUGUAAUCUCGUGAUUUUCAAUUCAUUUUUAGGAUAUCGUAAUAUAACUACUGAUACGAUGUAGAUUAACAUUCAAUUCAAGUCAUUGCAAUGAGUGAAAAAUUUAUAAACCAGAAUUUAUUUAUUUGUUGUAGGCCUAGUAUUACCUGUAUAUUAAUUAUAAUGAUGACAUUUCUAUUGUGAUUUAAUGCUCAAGCCUGAGUAGGCUUAGUAAUAUUAAGAAAUAAAUUUCAAUAUUGCAUUCGGUAUAGAAAGUUUUCAAUUAAAGAUUAUACCAAUGAAAUAUUCUCUCACAAAGUAAGAGACGUAUCAUUCCUAAAUAUUCUAUGGUUUAACAAGAUACAAGCGACUCAUUGGUGGCACGUGAUUGUGCGAACAUAGUGUACUCAGUCAUUGUAACCCAUUGUAAAGAUACCGUAUUAUAUAGAAAGAGGAACUUUUGUUUUGUAAUUUUUAAACGCAAUACAAAGCAGCAUUAAAUAAUAGAGAAUUUGA